GCUGGGCCCAGCCGCGCAGACACCGCCCGCGCCGCAGCCACCCGCCGCUCCUCCGCCGACUGGCGCCGCGCCUCAGCCCAGCUCUGCCGCAGCGGCCGCGAGGAAGGGCCGCCGGAGCGCGACUCGGGAACCCCGGGUCACCGCCCGGCCGCCGGAGCCACAGCCAGGCCUCCCUGAGCGGCGCCCACGCUCUCGCCGUUCAGACGCUCGGACCCGCAGCCACCUGCUCCAGGCCCGAGGCCAGGACACGAUGCGCUCCGCGCUGGCGCUCUCCGCGCUGCUGCUGCUGCUGCUGCCGCCGAGGUCGCUCUCCGAUGGAGAGGUCCAGCCCAAUGUUGUCCCAGCCGACGACACCAUAAAACCUGCAAACGCAAGCCAGCCCCUCACAGUGCCAUCAGCCAGUGGUGAAGGGCAGAUGACUACAGUCAAAACUACACCAACCACAGUCCCAACAACCACUGACAAAAGGGUGACGUCAACCACCGCUGGUGGAAGAGCCCCAGGGGCACCCGUAAGUUCAGGGCCGACCCAGACCAGCGCAGCUGUAGUGCCCGCUGACAAAGAUGAGAAGGACUCAGGCAACAGCAGCACAACUACGGGUGGCCCAAAGGUUACUCAAGGUUUAAGCAGCACGACACUCCCACCAACCACUAAAUCCAUGAAGCCUGGAACCACAGCCCCCCAGCCAGCUGGAGCGGGGGGCAGCCCUGGUGGUACCACCAGCCACACGACCACGAAGGGUGGGGAGCAGACGUCCUCUCCGUCCUCUCCGUCUUCAGAUCUGGUUAGAACCUCCAGCCCUACUAGUGGUCCUUCUGCUGUCAGCACCCCAACAAGCCCUCACCAACCAACGGCGAGCCCUGCUACUUCGAAGCCUCCAGGGAGCCCUUCUGAGGGAACAGACAAAAUCCCUACAGUGGCUUCAAGUAGUUUAGGCAUGAAGACGGGUCCCAGCUCCCCAUUACACGGGGCACCUACCACACCAACAUCACCGGUCACGUUACAAGGAAAUCCGCAGAAAUCCAGCGUGAUGCCGGCUGUCACUGGGACCUCUUCCUCCAUCACUGGGACCACUUUCCCCACCUCUGGGACCUCUUCCUCCACUACUGGGAUUCCCUCUGUUCCUGGGACCACUUUGCCGGAGGCUCCACAGUCUGCAGGCCCUUCGUUGGGACCUGUGGCCACAUCUCCUGUCCAGGGACCCGGAAGCCCCAGCACUCAGUUGACUUCGACUGCCCCUCAAGUAUCCAACGCCCCUCCUCCUUCCUCGGCUCACAGAGAUGACAGGAUAAAGUGCGAAUCUCCCGAAAGGCUAACUGACAAGAUGCUCGUCCUGAACUUAACAAAAACCAGCCUUUGUGCGGGGAACAGCAGUUCGGAUGACAAACUGGUCACACUUCUGUGCCGAGCAGCAAAAGCCACCUUCAACCCAGCUCAAGAUAAGUGCCAUAUACGGCUGGUGCCUAUUCAAGACUCCCAGGCAGUGGCAAUCAAAGAAAUCGCUGUCCAGACAAACCUCCUGCCCAGGGACGUGUAUGAAUCGCUGAAAGACAAGUGGGACGAGCUGAAAGAGGUGGGAGUCAGUAACAUGAAGCUUGGGGACCAAGGGCCACCCGAAGAGACCGAGGACCGGUUCAGCAUGCCCCUCAUCAUCACCAUUGUCUGCAUGGCAUCCUUCCUGCUCCUCGUUGCUGCCCUCUACGGCUGCUGCCACCAGCGCUUCUCCCAGAGGAAGGACCAGCAACGGCUAACGGAGGAGCUGCAGACAGUGGAGAACGGUUACCAUGACAAUCCCACACUGGAAGUGAUGGAGACCUCAUCAGAGAUGCAAGAGAAAAAGGUGGUCAACCUUAAUGGGGAGCUGGGGGACAGCUGGAUCGUCCCUCUGGACAACCUGGCCAAGGAUGACCUGGACGAGGAGGAAGACACGCACCUCUAAUCAGGUCCGCGGGCAGCCUCUGACAGGACCACAGCGCUCCAGACUGAACCACCUCAAGUGCCAUUUGGACAGGGGAAGAAAAUCCUUCCCAGCUGAGGGAAAGGUGGGGGAGGGGAGCAGACUUGGAGGUUCCCUCCUCCCAAUCCCCACAGGGCCUUAAUUUUCCCUUUUCAAACUGAACAAAUCAUAUUCUGUCUAGAUUCCUCUUGUAAAACAACCUACUAGUGCCUGAGCUCAGUGCUGCUGGAAGACGAGAGAGAGAGAGCACUCACACGGUCAUCUGGUAGAACCCCUUCCUCUCACAUCCGAGGUGACGGAGGCCUAACGGGGGAAGGUCCGGCUCACACAGCACCUCGGCGACAGAGGAAGGACGGAAACAGAGAUCCCCUCAUUCAGUGCGGUGCGCAUUCCCACCACGCCCCACUGUUACGAUGGCUCGCGCCUCCCCUCAGAGCUGCCCCCAGUGGGGCGAAGCUCACAGUCCAUGGACGGGGCAAUGGAUGGGAUGGAAGGGACGGCAGGGCCAGAUCCUGUCUCCAUGGGAUCUGAUUCCUUCCAAGUACAGGUCCCCAGCCUCGCCUGCCAGUGUUCCCGACCCCUUUGUGUUUGCCCCACCCUCCACUCAGUUUGAAGCCCCACUGUGUCCCAGGGCCCCUGGGACUCACACUGUUCAUUCAUGGCCUCGAACCCCUUGUUCUGGAUUCUGGCUCCCUCGCAUUUGCUUAGGGAUCUUGAGACUUAACCCACACAAGACUCCAGUGUGAACGAGAUCUGCUUCAGGGAUCCAUCUGCAGGUGAAAAGGGGAGGCCCUUCACCCCCAGGUUGGGUCCUGGCCCAUCACCCAGGGCACUCCUUAAAGAGGCUCCGCAGGAACUGCCCUGGCCUCCCGCUCCCACCGGGGACUGAAAUCUGCAGCAGCUAUGAAGGCGAAACGCUCCUGUUUUGUUGUUCACUGCUCAGUCAGUGGGGUGAGGACCCAAGUUCGGGGAUCCCCCUGAGAUCCAGCAAGAAAGAGCAAUAGCUGUAGGGCAGACUUUCCUGGGGCCCAGUCCACAGAGAGGUAGGUGUCUUACCAGACAAUCGAUCUAUACAGUUAGGAAGAAUAGGCUUUACUCUCUGUUCCAUAGGAAACUCAGGGACUUUUCAAGUUGCUGAGAGUUUUUUGUAUUUGUUUGUUUUUUAGUCCAGCCCUCUACUGCCACAAGCCAAAGCUCCAAUUGUUGGGAGACUUUUCAGUCAACUCAUCUCACUGAUUCCUGGUUCUCCUGUGCCAUAGGGCAAGAAAGGCCUAGAAAGUGCGAUGCAUUUUAAGGUGCUCUGGAGCAGUCUGGGGGGACCCCGAGGGGUUCCCAAUGACCUCUCGCUGUUCUGGCACACAGCUGGGCCUUGCGGUGUCCCCUUCUCUGUAUUCCUAGCAGGGCUGCCUACUUCUGCAGUUUCUGGUGGCAUCUCAGGGAAACAGUACCAGGAAGGGGUUUUGAGGGAGCUUAGCAGUUAGUUCCCAAGCAGAAGGCACCUGAGGACUGGACAGAGUGAGGUUGAAUCUGAUUUUCUGGGAAGCCCAAAUCCCAGAUUUUGUGGAACUUUGCCCACGGUCUCUCUUGCUCCUGGGUGUAAAUUUCCUGACACCAACUAGGAGGAUGGGCAGAACUGCUUAGCAGAGGGAAAACUGUAAUUUCAGGGCAAGAGGUCAGAACCUCAGAACCUGAGGCCCAGGCUGUGCGUCCUGAUGCAAUAGACAGCCUGCUUUAGGACAGCUUAUUUUUUAAAGGAGCUUAGUUGGGGGAAGACCUAUGUCCUUCUCUGGCUGCCUUGAUUCCUUCUUCAUGGCCUCUGGCCUUUGAUAUCCUCGGGUUUAAGUAGGGCCUCUAGUGAGUUUCCCAAGAGCUAGAGAGAUGCUAGACCAACAAGGAUCCAGAAGUAUUUGCCCUGAUUCUCUAGUACUGGGAGGUCGGUAGGGUAGAGAACAAUGCCAGUUUGGGUGGAAAAAAUAGAGGAAAUCUUGUUAUACCGGGGAGAGAUCUGUUUGCUUCCUUCCUGCCCAACAUUUCAUUCUUUCCACCCUGUGGUUUUCUGCUGUGGUUUCUGUGGAAGAGGCCAGACUAGAUUACUACUCCUUUGCUAAUUCUGGGUCAUAUUUUACCAGCCAGGCCUUUAGACAGAGAGAGCAAGUAUGCCUCCACCAACUGACAAAGGCUACAGCCCCAUGGCCUCUUGGGCAGAGAGAUGAUGACUGGCAAGGAUUAGAUGAAAACUAUACUUGGUCAAGAGGAAUGACUGUGGGGGCUCUGUCCAAGGAGAACCUUGGGAAGCUUUGGGCUGGUUCAGGUGCUCCUUUUGGUGCAUACAGGCUGGGUGACUCUAGCCUUUGAGGGCAACUUCAGAAUCCAAUACCUUGCCUUGGCUUGCUCUUGCCACUAGACAGCUGUGUCAAGGGCCAUACAGUCAUGCAUCUGCAAAGGUCCUCUUCAUCCCACGUCUGCAUUGGGUUCUAAAUGCUGUCUGGCAAGUCAGAUUCUGGCGCUGAGAAGAAAGAAGAGGAACACCAGGAACUCAGCAUGACUUUAUACAAGUUGUGCCAAAGAGAUGAUACACAUUCGAUCAGUGGCAAACUGGUUCUCUAAGCUGCAUAGAAGGCCAGAAACCACAAAUCCGAUGACCGGAUGGAAACCCAGUGGGGACGCACGCUGUUCUGUGAAUGGGGAGGGAAGCAGCAGUGCCUGUGACGGAGGUACAGAAUACGCUUUGCAUCUGAGGACAAAAUACGGGUGUGAUCUAGUCUAGACGCCAGGUUCUCUUUUCCCCUCUUGAUAAGGAAAGCAAGCAGAAAGUUUAUUUAAACCACUUCUUGAGCUUUAAUCUUUUUUGACAAUAUACUGGAGAAACUUUGAAAAACAAGGCCAAGCUGAUACAUAUAUACGUACUUUUUAAUAUUGUAAAUACAACAGCCACAUGUUAAUCCAGCCCGCACUGCUUUCCGUGAAUAUACACUGUAAAAACACUUGUUAGUUGAGGUGGCUUUUCUUCUUCUCUGAACAGGAAUGUAAACGUCUAUUUCACUAGAAAUGACACUUUUUAAAAAAAAUUUUCACCAGUGAAAAGUGAGAUAUAAGACAAGCUGACAACAGAGUAUUUGUCUCACAGAUCAGGCAUUUUUAUUUUUAAAUGUGGCCCUCGACCCCCUCCCCAGCUAAAGUCCUAGCCUACUACUACAGGAAGGCUUGUGGCCAGUAUGCACGGGUUGGAAAGGGACGCUCUAGUCCUAGGGAGAGGCUUUGAGAGACCUAGUCCAAUCUUUGUUCUGUUUUGUUCUUACAGAAAAAGAAACUGAAGCCCAGAAAGGUAAAAGUGGCUUGGCCAGAGUCACAUCGUUAGUGACAGAAACAGGAUUAAAACACUGGUGCUCUGGGCCUCAGAAUGAAUCCGUGAACUGAGGACUGCUAAUUAAGGACAGGCACCAGGAUGACACAAAGGACAGAAUUCCCUUCUCAAAUCUUGUCCUGCAGCAAGGCUAGGGAGGGUCUGAGGACAACAAUAGGAACCAUACUGGUCUACACUUUCUCUGAGUUAUUCAGAUCUAAGACUUAAAUGAAUGAUACUUUCAAGAAACAAUUUUGAAUGAGCUUUUAUAUAUGUCUCUUCUGGCAGGACUAAGGAUCAAAGGGAACAAACUCCAGGAAGGCAGAGGGGGCAAGAAUAAAGUAAUGACUUAUCUUUCAUCGCUGUCACAAGCUGAUGGGCUCAGGUUUGGUGAAAACCCCAACACUGAGUGGAAAAGGAGGGGGUGACUAUUUGAUAUCAUGUCUCUUGCUAUUAGCGAGUGUUGAAGAGUUUGCCCAGGAGACUGUGUUCUUCGUGGACAGGGGUCUGAAGUACACUGGAAUUUACUGAGAAACCUGUUUGUAAAGACUAUACUUAAUUAUUGCCAUUUUCUUACAAAACUAUAUUUUGGAAAAUUGUAUACUGUCAAUUAAAGUGCUUUUGUGUAAGCUGGUUCAAGCCCUGCUCAACUUGA